AUGGCACGCAGGAAUAAGAUGCCGCUCAAGAAGAGCAAGAAAGAGAAGAGCCAUUUGCUUAAGCUACCAAGAGAGCUGCGCGACAUGAUCUAUCAGUGCACUCUCCCGCAGCAAUCUGGAGUUAUAAUCGUCGACGUCCAACGUCCAGAUCCACUGAAGCAGAUCGAAGCUCUCUCUGCGCUGUCCCGCACCUGCCAACAGCUUCAAAGCGAAUGCGGUGACCUUUUCUCUGCUCUGGCCCUCGAGGUCCAAGUUGAUGCCUUGCUGCUACACGACCUCAAGAUUACUUGGCUAGUCAGCAAGUUUCUUAAGUGCCUUUUCGCGCCAGAGUUCUCCGAUGGCCACUGGGGCUGGGAAGUGUAUUGCAGCAGCCUUUCCCUUCAAGACUUCAAAAUUCCUGAGGUCGCUAUCAACACUCUGCCCUGGGCCUGCAAGAAGGUCAAUCUUGGUUUCAUCGACUGUUUGGACCAGCGGAUACUUGAGCAAGUCUUGUUCUCUCUCUCGGAGAGUGGAGUUCUUACAGUUCCCAUGAAGUAUGCGCCAGAUGUCAAAGUUGUGGCGGACACGAAGACCGCGAAAGGAGAGCCUGUGCACCUCAUCUUCACCAUGAAGCCACAGACAAUGGCUCUCCGUAAGGAAGCAGACCGGGAGGUCAUGGAGCAAUCCACUGAUCUCAAGGAAUUCGUGAUGAAUUUACGUCGAGGGAUGGCAUCGAUCCGGGCCUUUGACGUCUUCAUCGAUCGAGGUGAGCAGGAGAGACCGUGGAAAGUUACUGGUGCCUGUAACGGUUUGAUCUCUUGA